AUGAGCUUCGCAACUCCGUUAGACAAAGCAGAGAUCCUCCUCGAAGCCGACGAGUUCGUGACUAAAUACAAUCUGCACGAUUCCCGAGACUUGAUCAGAAAGGGCGCUCUUUUAUCCUACGAUCCCCACGACUACGCUCGUGUCGAUGGACUGACCGACGACGAGAUAACCGCAUUGCAAGAUGACAAAGUGGAGUUGUCGUGGUCGAAGAUUUCGUUGUUUUGCGCUCUGGCAGGUCUCCUCUAG